CCUCCAGCCGACUCUUUACCAAUUAAGGCUUGCUGAGCCGCCCGCCCGGCCGGUGUCCUCCCGCCACCCCCCAUCGCUCGGCCAUUCCGUGCCGAACUCCGGCCCGAGACGUACCGUCCUCCGUCCGUCCGUCCGCUCCUCCAUCCGUCCGUGGCGGCGCGGGCCAGACGGCUAAGCCGCAAUCCCCGAGGAUCCGUCGAUCCGAAGAGGAUCCUGCGCCUUUAAACCCGGACCCAACCCACCCGAGCGCCGGGGUCCCACCCACCCUUCUCAAUCCCAGUUAAAAUGAGCGGGUCUCAAGCGCGACUCCAUCAGGCCGCAGGAGCGGGUGCAGUCAGUGGCGGCGGCGGAGGCGGCGGCGGCGGCGGAGGUGCCGGCGGUGCCCAGGGGGAGGUCUCUGCCGAGAUGCCGGCCACCGAGAAGGACCUGGCGGAGGACGCGCCCUGGAAGAAAAUCCAGCAGAACACCUUCACGCGCUGGUGCAACGAGCACCUGAAAUGCGUCAACAAGCGCAUCGCCAACUUGCAGACGGAUCUGGGCGACGGGCUGCGCCUCAUCGCCCUGCUCGAGGUGCUGAGCCAGAAGAAGAUGGGGCGCAAGUACAACACGCGCCCCACCUUCCGCCAGAUGCAGCUGGAGAACGUGUCGGUGGCGCUGGAGUUCCUGGAGAGAGAGAGCAUCAAGCUGGUCUCUAUCGACAGUAAAGCUAUUGUGGAUGGGAACCUGAAGCUGAUUCUGGGCCUGAUUUGGACUUUGAUCCUGCAUUACUCCAUCUCCAUGCCCAUGUGGGAUGAGGAAGAUGAUGAAGAAGUCAAGAAACAAACUCCCAAGCAGAGAUUGCUAGGCUGGAUCCAAAACAAACUUCCCCAAUUGCCCAUCACAAAUUUCAGCAGGGAUUGGCAGAGUGGGCGGGCUCUUGGAGCUCUGGUUGACAGCUGUGCCCCAGGCUUGUGCCCUGACUGGGAUUCGUGGGAUGCUAGCAAACCUAUCAACAAUGCUCGUGAAGCUAUGCAGCAAGCUGAUGAUUGGCUGGGCAUCCCACAGGUGAUCACUCCAGAAGAAAUUGUAGAUCCCAACGUGGAUGAGCACUCGGUGAUGACAUACCUCUCUCAGUUCCCGAAAGCCAAGCUAAAGCCAGGGGCUCCUCUCAGGCCAAAGCUGAAUCCCAAGAAAGCCAGAGCUUACGGGCCAGGUAUUGAGCCCAUGGGUAACAUGGUGAAGAAGAAGGCCGAGUUCACAGUAGAAACCAUCAGUGCUGGUCUUGGAGAGGUGCUGGUUUAUGUAGAGGAUCCAGCUGGCCAUCGUGAAGAAGCUAAGGUCAUCGCUAACAAUGACAAGAAUCGGACCUUCUCAGUGUGGUAUGUGCCUAAAGUGACAGGUGUCCACAAGGUAACGGUCUUGUUUGCUGGACAGCACAUCGCCAAGAGCCCUUUUGAGGUGAAUGUGGACAAAUCCCACGGUGAUGCCAGCAAGGUCACUGCUCAAGGCCCUGGCCUCGAACCCACAGGCAACAUAGCCAACAAGACUACCUACUUUGAGAUCUUCACCGCUGGUGCUGGGGUUGGAGAACUUGAGGUGAUCAUCCAAGAUCCCACUGGCAAGAAAGGAACAGUUGAACAGCAACUGGAAGACAAAGGAAAUAGCACCUAUCGCUGCUCCUACAAGCCCACUUUGGAGGGCACUUACACCAUCUACAUUACCUUUGGCGGGAUUCCCAUCCCUCGCAGCCCAUACACGGUCACUGUGGGACAAGCAUGCAACCCCAGUGCUUGCCGAGCGGUGGGUCGAGGCCUGCAACCCAAGGGGGUCCGAGUAAAAGAGACUGCAGACUUCAAGGUGUACACCAAGGGCGCUGGCAGCGGGGAGCUCAAGGUGACGAUCAAAGGCCCAAAAGGAUUAGAAGAACGUAUCAAGCAGAAGGACCUGGGUGAUGGAGUGUAUGGUUUUGAAUACUACCCAACCGUACCUGGCAAUUAUACUGUCACAAUAACUUGGGGAGGGCAGCACAUCCCCCGCAGCCCCUUUGAAGUGAGAGUUGGGACAGAGUGCACGAACCAGAAGGUGCGCGCCUGGGGACCAGGUUUGGAAGGAGGUGUCGUGGGCAAGUCGGCAGAUUUUGUAGUAGAAGCCAUCGGGGAUGAUGUUGGCACAUUAGGCUUCUCAGUGGAGGGUCCCUCACAGGCAAAGAUCGAGUGUGAUGACAAGGGAGAUGGCUCCUGCGAUGUGCGCUACUGGCCCCAGGAGCCAGGGGAAUAUGCAGUCCAUGUGCUCUGCAACAAUGAAGACAUCAAACUCAGUCCCUUCAUGGCGGAAAUCAAGGCUGCUCCCAAGGACUUCUACCCUGAGAAGGUAAAAGCACAUGGACCAGGCCUAGAGAAGACUGGUGUUGCAAUCAACAAGCCCGCAGAGUUCACAGUUGAUGCAAGGAGUGGCGGAAAGGCACCUCUCAAGGUGCAAGUACAGGAUUCUGAAGGAUCGCCGGUAGAUGUCUCAGUGAAGGAUAACGGCAAUGGCACCUAUAACUGUUCCUACUUGCCCAAGAAGCCAAUGAAGCACACAGCGAUGGUGUCAUGGGGAGGAGUCAAUAUUCCCAACAGUCCUUUCAGGGUAAACAUUGGAGCUGGCAGCCAUCCCAACAAAGUGAAAGUCUAUGGCCCUGGUGUGGCGAAGACAGGCUUAAAGGCUCACGAACCGACCUACUUCACAGUGGACUGCACAGAAGCUGGGCAGGGUGAUGUGAGCAUUGGCAUCAAGUGUGCCCCUGGUGUGGUGGGUCCGGCUGAGGCUGACAUCGAUUUUGACAUUAUUCGGAAUGAUAAUGACACCUUCACCGUCAAGUAUACCCCCCGGGGUGCUGGAAGCUACACAAUCAUGGUGCUGUUUGCUGACCAGGCCACUCCUACCAGCCCCAUCAGAAUCAAAGUGGAACCCUCACACGAUGCCAGCAAAGUCAAAGCUGAAGGACCUGGCCUCAACAGGACUGGUGUAGAGAUGGGGAAGCCAACUCACUUCACAGUUAACACUAAACCAGCUGGCAAGGCCAAGCUGGAUGUGCAGUUCACAGGCCCAGCCAAGGGAGACGCCGUAAGAGACUCCGAAGUAAUUGAUCACCACGAUAACACCUAUACCGUCAGAUACACCCCUGUACAGCAGGGUAACCUUGGAGUAAAUGUAACAUACGGGGGAGACCACAUCCCCAAAAGUCCUUUCAACGUGGGAAUAGCUCCCACCCUGGACCUCAGCAAGAUCAAGAUCUCUGGGCUUGGAGACAAAGUGGAAGUGGGCAAAGACCAGGAGUUCACCGUUAAAUCCAAGGGCGCUGGAGGCCAAGGCAAGGUGGCUGCCAAAAUCGUAGGCCCGUCCAGUAAGCCUGUGCCUUGCAAGGUAGAGCCAGGCUUGAGCUCAGACAACAGUGUGGUGAAGUUCAUUCCAAGAGAAGAAGGACCCUACGAAGUGGAUGUCACCUACGAUGGUGUCCCUGUCCCGGGCAGUCCCUUCCCUGUGGAGGCUGUACCUCCCACCAAUCCAUCCAAGGUGAAGGCCUAUGGACCCGGCUUGAAGGGCGGCUUGGCUGGCAUUCCUGCCCCUUUUACCAUCGACACCAAAGGAGCUGGCAACGGAGGCCUCGGCCUGACCGUGGAAGGCCCCUGCGAGGCCAAAAUAGAAUGCCUGGACAAUGGAGACGGCACUUGUUCAGUCUCCUACUUGCCCACUGAACCAGGGGAGUACAACAUCAACAUCCUCUUUGCGGACACCCAUGUGCCAGGCUCUCCUUUCAAAGCCCAAGUGGUGCCCGGCUUCGAUCCCUCCAAAGUGAAGUGCUCUGGGCCAGGGCUGGAGCACGCCACAGUGGGGCAGGCAGGAGAGUUCAGCGUGGAUUGCUCUAGCGCCGGGAGCGCUGAGCUCACCAUUGAGAUCAUCUCCGAAAGCGGCACGCAGGCCGAAGUCCACGUGCGGGACAAUGGCGAUGGCACUUACACCAUCACUUACAUCCCACUCUGCCCUGGCAUCUACACCAUCACCAUUAAAUACGGCGGGCAGCCUGUACCCAACUUCCCCAGUAAGCUGAAUGUGGAACCAGCGGUGGAUACAUCUGGCGUGAAAGUCUAUGGCCCUGGAGUGGAAGGCAAGGGUGUAUUCCGUGAAGCCACAACAGAGUUCAAUGUGGAUGCCCGAGCCUUGACUAAGUCCGGGGGCCCUCACAUCAAAACCAGAGUAUCCAAUCCUUCAGGAAACCUUACAGAGAGCUACGUGCGUGAUAACGGCGACGGUACCUACAAUGUGGAGUACACACCCUAUGAAGAUGGUGUCCACUCAGUUGAUGUGACCUACGAUGGCAGCCCUGUCCCAAGUAGCCCUUUCCGUGUACCGGUAACUGAAGGGUGUAACCCUGCAAGGGUGAGAGUUCAUGGGCCCGGCAUCCAAAGUGGGACCACUAACAAGCCCAAUAAAUUCACCGUGGAGACAAGGGGUGCUGGUACUGGGGGCCUGGGCCUAGCAGUUGAAGGUCCCUCUGAAGCAAAAAUGUCCUGCACCGACAACAAAGACGGCAGCUGUUCUGUGGAGUACAUCCCCUAUGAGCCUGGCACCUACAACCUUAAUGUCACAUACGGUGGUCACCAAGUGCCGGGAAGCCCAUUCAAAGUCCCUGUGCAUGAUGUGGUGGAUUCAUCCAAGGUAAAAUGUUCAGGCCCUGGUCUGACUCCUGGUGUCGUCAGAGCCAAUGUCCCCCAGUCCUUUACGGUGGACACCAGCAAGGCAGGUGUGGCACCCCUCGAGGUUAAAGUUCAAGGUCCAAAGGGUGUAGUUGAACCUGUAGAUGUAGUAGAUAAUGCUGAUGGUACUCAGACUGCAAGUUACGUACCAAGUCGCGAAGGACCGUAUAGCAUCGCUGUGCGCUAUGGAGACGACGAGGUGCCUCACAGCCCCUUCAAAGUGAAGGUUCUACCUACUCAUGAUGCUAGCAAGGUAAAGGCCAGUGGUCCCGGGCUAAACACUACAGGUGUUCCAGCCAGCUUGCCAGUAGAGUUUACAAUUGACGCUAAGGAUGCUGGAGAAGGCUUGUUGGCUGUACAGAUCACGGAUCCUGAAGGCAAACCCAAAAAGGCCACCAUCCGGGACAACCAAGAUGGCACCUACACAGUAUCUUACGUUCCCGACAUGACUGGCCGCUACACCAUUCUCAUCAAGUAUGGCGGGGAUGAGAUUCCCUACUCACCCUACCGUAUCCGUGCUUUACCAACCGGUGAUGCCAGCAAGUGUACGGUGACAGUGUCGAUUGGAGGUCAUGGGCUAGGAGCUGGCAUUGGUCCCACCAUCCAGAUUGGUGAAGAGACUGUCAUCACGGUGGAUGCCAAGGCUGCUGGAAAAGGCAAGGUGACCUGUACCGUGUGCACACCAGAUGGCACGGAGGUAGAUGUUGACGUGGUAGAAAAUGGAGGGACCUUCGACAUCUUCUACACGGCACCCCAGCCGGGCAAAUACGUCAUCUGUGUACGCUUUGGAGGGGAGCAUAUUCCCAACAGCCCGUUCCAGGUUACGGCCACAGAUCGGUCCUGUCAAUGGCUGGAUGCUGGACUGCGGCCUUUCGACUUGGUUAUCCCUUUCAAUCAAAAAGGAGAGAUAACAGGAGAGGUACGCAUGCCCUCCGGUAAGGUGGCCAAGCCAGAUAUUACUGACAAUAAGGAUGGCACAGUGACAGUGCGUUAUGCCCCCACCGAGGCUGGCUUGCAUGAGAUGGAUAUCCGUUACGACAAUAUGCAUAUCCCAGGUAGCCCCCUGCAGUUCUACGUGGAUUAUGUUAACAGUGGCCACGUGACAGCUUUUGGUCCUGGACUCACCCACGGCGUGGUCAACAAGCCAGCUGUGUUCACAGUCAACACAAAAGAUGCUGGAGAAGGUGGCCUCUCCUUGGCCAUUGAAGGCCCUUCUAAGGCAGAAAUUGGAUGUACCGAUAACCAGGAUGGCACCUGUACAGUGUCCUAUCUCCCAGUUCUACCCGGAGACUACAAUAUACUGGUGAAAUACAAUGACAAGCACAUCCCAGGAACUUUCACUGCCAAGAUUACUGGUGAUGAUACAAUGCGCUUGUCCCACCUGAAAGUGGGCUCAUCAGCUGAUAUUCCCUUGAACAUCACUGAGACAGACUUGAGCCAGCUGACAGCCACGGUGAUCCCACCUUCUGGCCGUGAGGAGCCUUGUCUGCUCAAACGCCUACGCAAUGGACAUGUCGGAAUUUCAUUUGUCCCCAAAGAGAUUGGAGAGCACAUUGUGAACAUCAAGAAAAAUGGGCUGCACAUCCCCAACAGCCCUAUCACGGUGAUGAUCAGCCAGUCAGAAAUUGGAGAUGCCAGCCGCGUCAGGGUCUCUGGCCCAGGACUCAGUGAGGGCCGGACCUUUGAACCUUCAGAGUUCAUCAUUGACACCAGGGAUGCAGGCUAUGGUGGUCUGAGCUUGUCCAUUGAAGGCCCCAGUAUUGACAUCAAUACAGAAGACCUGGAAGAUGGUACUUGCAAAGUCACCUAUUGUCCUACUGAGCCUGGCAACUACAUCAUCAACAUUAAGUUUGCAGAUCAGCAUGUGCCCGGGAGCCCUUUCUCUGUGAAGGUGACAGGAGAGGGAAGAAUGAAACAGAUGAUUACGCGCUGCCGCAAAGCCCCAUCCGUCUCCAAUAUUGGCAGCCAGUGUGACCUGAGUCUGAAAAUCCCAGAAAUCAACAUCAGGGACAUGACUGCCCAGGUGACCAGCCCGUCAGGCAAAUCCCAUGAUGCAGAGAUCUUGGAGGCCGAAAACAACACCUACUGCAUCCGCUUUGUGCCCACUGAGACAGGCAUCCACUCAGUCAGCGUCAAGUAUAAAGGACAGCACGUGCCCGGAAGCCCCUUCCAGUUCACAGUGGGCCCUCUUGGUGAAGGCGGUGCGCACAAAGUCCGGGCAGGUGGCCCAGGCUUGGAGAGAGCUGAAGCUGGUGUGCCAGCUGACUUCAGCAUCUGGACGAGGGAGGCAGGAGCCGGUGGCCUUUCCAUUGCUGUGGAGGGCCCCAGUAAAGCCGAGAUUGCUUUUGAGGGACCGGAAAGAGGUUCGUGUGGAGUUUCAUAUAUUGUGCAAGAGCCUGGUGAUUAUGAGGUUUCUGUGAUCAAUGACGAGCACAUCCAGACAGUCCCUUUAUAGUACCCCGCCACCACCACCUCUGACGAUGCCCGCCGACUCACUGUUUCUAGUCUUCAGGAGUCAGGGUUAAAAGUGAACCAGCCAGCCUCAUUUGCUGUCAGCUUGAACGGGGCCAAGGGUGUGAUUGAUGCCAAGGUGCACAGCCCCUCAGGGGCUUUGGAGGAGUGCCAUGUCACUGAACUUGAUGAAGACAAGUAGGCAGUGCGCUGCAUUCCCCGUGAGAAUGGCAUCUACUCAGUUGAUGUCAAGUUCAAUGGGAGCCACAUACCUGGCAGUCCCUUCAAGAUUCGCGUUGGGGAAUAGGCCAAGCUGGAGACCCAGGGGAUGGUAUCCGCCUAUGGCCCUGGCUUGGAAGGUGGGUCUACCUAACUGGUUCUAUGUUCUUUGUCUCCCUCCCUCUGGUCUGUAGGAAAACCUGCUGAAUUCAUAGUCAACACUACAAACGCUGGGGCCGGGACGCUCUCUGUCACUAUUGAUGGUCCGUCAAAGGUGAAGAUGGACUGCCAAGAGUGCUCGGAGGGCUACAAGGUCAUUUACACACCCAUGGCACCUGGCAGCUACCUCAUCUCCAUCAAAUUCGGUGGUCCAUAUCACAUUGCUGUCAGUCCUUUCAAAGCUAAACUGGCAGGGGCCCGCCUUGUUCCCAGCCACAGCCUCCAUGAGACGUCCUCGGUCUUCAUGGAUGGAGUACCCAAGCCUGAUGGCGCAGCGCCCAAAUUUGCUUCAGAUGCCAGCAAAGUAGUUGCCAAAGGGUUGGGCCUCAACAAGGGAUUUCUAGGCCAAAAGAACUCUUUCACAGUCGAUUGCAGCAAAGCAGGGAACAACAUGUUGCUGGUGGGUGUACACGGCCCAAAGACCCCAUGUGAGGAGAUUGUGGUGAAGCACUUGGGCAACCGGUUGUACAACGUCACCUACCUGUUGAAGGACAGAGGCGACUACAUCCUGGUGGUGAAAUGAGAUGAGCACAUCCCCGGCAGCCCCUUCCAUAUCUCCGUGCCUUAAAAGCUCUUCCCUCUGCCUGAGUGUAACACUGCCCCUCCUGAAAUCCCUUUGGAAUGCUCCUGGGUCUUACUAAUUGGCAGGGCCGAUGCCAAAGAGGUCGGCUCAUGUUGUGGGAGGGCUCAUGUUGUGGGAGGGAUGAGUGCGGGCGGGUUGCCCUUGGAAGGAAGAGAUUCCUGUGGAUCUGUUUACAUGCAGCAAUAAUUAUUUCCAAUCAUUUUUCCCCCCCCCUCCCGUGUCUUUCUUUUCCUCGGCGGGAGGCUCGAUUUGAUUUUUCUCACCAGCAUGCCAGCUUCAUGCCCAUGAACUGAACUUGUGCCCUCCCCCAGAGUUGCCAGAAAGGCCGCUUUCCCUACCGACAAAUAUAUGGCACAUGGAUACUGUACCGGUGCAUAUUGUUGCCAUCCACUGCUGGAGAAAGCACUGCUUCUCCUGGAGUGCAGACGGGCUGGUCUCUUUUCGUCUCUCUGUCCUUUCCCCUUUAAUGGCUUGAGAUGGAAGCUUUGUGGGCAAUCAAUAACCACAGUGGCAAGAGCUGCUCUUUGCUUUGCCAGUUUAUAGCCAAAUCCUUGUUUAGUCCUUCCAAGAUUUAAAUUGUGGUUGUGCACAACUGCCAGUACCUUUUCUUUGAUAAGGGAAGGGAAUAAAAGUUCUGCUUCAAAUGCC